AGGUUGACAGGUUCCGAGUUCGCGUAUUGCAGCAUCGUUUUUCCUCCUGUUCAAUGUGCAGCCAAACAUAGUGAUUUUUCGUUGUGAAAUAACGCCCGGAACAUCGUCGCACCAGAAAAUGUCCUCCAGCGAAGGCCCGAAAGGUGAAUUCAAAAUCGAAGGAACGGGACGCCAGCUGAAAAAGACGGAGGUCGACUUUAUGCGGCUGAUCGAGCAGCAGAACCUGCAGCGUGUUCAGAAGUUACAGCGCCAGCGACGCAACAACAAGCUUACCGGCAUCGUCCUUGGCGGUACCGUGCUCAGCAUCUAUCUCUACUCGAUGUUCUCCGUGAAGCAGGAGAAAUUUUUGGACGACUUUGAAGAACCCGUCAAGCUAGAGGUGGAAAACAAGGCACUGUAAAGGAGCAGCAGCAGCACGCCCCGCCAUCCCUUUUAUUAAAUUCCGUUUGCGUUGUUAGUUUGUAAGAACUCGACCCACAACACCCAACCAUGUCUGCGUCUACGAAAAUAUCGAAAGCCCUAACCUCAACCGGCAUCCGGCUGCCGCCCCUACCGACCAUCCGCGAUCUGGUGAAGCUCUACCAGCUGCGUGCCAUCAAGCAGCUGUCGCAGAACUUUCUCAUGGACGAGCGGCUAACAGACAAGAUCGUUCGGGCAGCCGGCAACAUACGCGAUCAUUACGUGCUGGAGGUAGGACCCGGUCCGGGUGGCAUAACGCGCUCGAUCAUACGGCAAAACCCCCGGCAUCUGGUGGUGGUGGAAAAGGACCGACGUUUUAUGCCCACGAUGGAAAUGCUGGCCGAAGUAGCGCAACCGUUCAUGCGAAUGGAUAUCGUACAGGGCGACAUACUGGACUAUCGCAUUGAGGGUGCCUUUCCCGAUUGUCCGCAGCACGAUUGGAUGGAUAAGGUCAGGGCUCCGGUACAUCUGAUCGGUAACCUACCUUUCGCUAUCUCGACACGCUUGCUCAUAAACUGGCUGCGGGACAUGAGCCUUCGGACUGGUGCUUGGUCGUACGGACGGGCCAGCUUAACGCUCACCUUCCAGAAGGAGGUUGCCGAACGGAUCGUAGCACCGAUUCUGUCCGACCAGCGGUGUCGCCUGUCGGUGAUGAAUCAAAUCUGGAGCUCACCCGAUCUGCGGUUCAUAAUUUCUGGCCGUGCGUUUGUACCGAAACCGGAAGUGGACGUUGGAGUGGUAACGAUCGUUCCAUUACAAACACCCCUAACCCAGGUUCACUUCGAUACGGUGGAAAAGGUGAUACGGCACAUAUUUUCUAUGCGGCAAAAGUAUUGUCGACGCGGUGUGUCCAACCUGUUUCCGCCAGCGGUACGCGAAGAGAUGACCAAGCUGACGUUUAAGCGGGCGGAUGUUGAUCCACUGGCCCGUUCGUUCCAGCUGUCGGUGGCCGAGUGCUUGCGUAUCGUUGAGGCGUACGAUGAAUUGGUUCGUCAGCAUCCGGAAAUUGCCAGCUACGAUUAUCGUGCACCGAAGGUGAAAGGAGCCGGUUUGGAGAGCGAUGGAUUGGAUAGUGAAGCAGACCGAUGAUGGUGCUGUGUGUAAUUGUUUGUGAAUAGUAAUAAAAAUAAAAUGCUUAGUUAUCGAGAGAG